AUGUCAAUUAAUAUUGUUCAUUCAAAUGAAAAUAAUGAAGAAAAUACCAAUAUUGAAAAUUGGACAACCACAGGAACUAAUUAUAGAAAUGAAUGUAUUGCAAGAUGUGGAAGACUUUUCUCUGGAUUUAAUGCUUUAAUUUGUAUGAAGCCUUGUGGAGUUUAA